UGUAGAGGUCAGUGUGAGAAGCACUCUAAGCCUUAUCCACAUAAAUACAGGUGGAGGACGGGAUUGAACUUCUCCGGGACGUCCCACUGCAAGUCCUGAAUGAUAGAUCAGUCAUAAGGGAGACUCAAAUCUGGAGCCUUGAGGACAGAUGGGGACUGAGAGUGCACAAGUGGAGUGGUGUUCAUCCAAAGCCAUGGUUAUAUGGAACUGUAGUUUCUGCUGUAGAUUCAAGCAUAUAGAUCAGUAAUAAAUGGUUAAUUCGCUGUAUGACUACUGGUUGGUGUACAUGGUGAGGGUUUUGAGAGUCACCCCAGAAUGACAAUGGUGUUUUUCAGUGUGCCAAAACUUCUGGACUUCAAGAACUCUCCGCCGCACCUUCAAUUCAACAGGUACGUUUUGACCGGAUAUCGCCCUGCGUCCACGUGCACAGGAUGCUUACGAAGUCUCUUUUACCUGCACAACGAAUCUGGAAACAUCUACACACAUGGUGUCCCAUUCGUGUGCUUUCUGCUGCUACUGCCUCUCAGCAUUCCCUGGUCCGAAGUGGACGAGCAGUGGCUUUGCCUCGUGCACUACCUAGCCUGCCUCUCUCCCACUGUCGGCUCCGUCCUCUAUCACAUCUUCAUGAAUCAUGAAGGCGGAGCUCGAGUCUAUGACGCCCUGCUCUACUUCGACAUGUUCGGCGUCUGUCUCGUCAACACUCUGGGUGCUUUGCCAAUCGUGCACAUCACUCUCCUGUGCCAGCCCUUGGCUCGCCGUGCUGCCAUGUUUGGCUACGUGCUUUUCUCAUGCCGUGGUGUCCGUGAUGCUCUAACUGCUCGGAGCGGUGCUCGACGUCUACAAUCAUUCGCCCUCCAAGCCUUGUUCCGGGCUUUCCUCUUCUUCCUGCGCUGGUUCAAGCUCGGCACGGGAAACCCCGAGUCGCUCCAUCUCUAUGUCAUCAUGGAUGUGCUGGCAUUGAUGGGUGGCCUGGUCAAUGUGUGGCGUGUACCUGAGCGCUUCAGCCCUGGCACCUUUGACUACUGGUUCAACAGUCACCAGAUCAUGCAUGUAGCUGUCGUUCUGGCCAUAAUGUUCCUGCACUGGGGCACCAUGGAGGAUUUGGCAUGGCUGAAGGACUACCAGUGCCCUGUGAGUUGAACAAAAUGGAAGUGGGUACCCGCUAGGGCUGGAACAAUAUGACACAUACAGUAUAUGCAACCUAUCAUUGUCUUCAAUAUGUCAUGAAUCACAUGCAGUGGCUCAGAGAGUGAAGUUGCCCUAUAAAAGUGAACCAAAAGAAGUUGAUGGGUGUGUCUGGGAUAUUUAAAAAAACUGCCUAGGCUGUAAACAGAGGUGAGAAGGAAUUCACUCAUGUCUGAAUCUAAAGAUUGCAUAAAAUGCUGCCUUAUGAGAGCCCUUAAUUUGUCUGAUUUUUUGAGUCCUAUACUGUCCUACAUAUCCCAUAAUCCAUUAAAAAAAAAAAAAAGUUGUCCCAAAACCAUAUAUAAAUAUGUAUAAAUCUCCAUUACCAGUAAUUGUUUUGACUCAAGAUUUUAUUUCUUCUGUCUUGGCGUUGCCUAAUAUACUAUAUAACUCACAGAAAAUAGCCAGCUGGCUAACACAAGCUAAUCUGGCAGGAUUCUGAGUGAAUUGUCUUAUAUUUUAUAAUGGUUAUCUUCACUUCUAAGGUUAGCUAGUUGGCUAACCAGAUGGCUAAUCUGACACGCUUUC